AUGCAACCCAAGCCUGUGGCGAAACGAUUCUACCGACGCUACAACGUCCGCAACAUUCGCGUGUCAAGGAAGCUCAAAAGCACUCCGACCGUGUUUCAGUGUUGCUCAGCAUCUGAGCCGACGUUGAUCAUCGUGAAAGGGACGCCUGGAGGAACCAUUGACUACGAUGAGCUGCCGACGUACCCACCUGGUGCGGUCUAUGCUGUCCAGCUGCACGCGUACAUGGACCACGAUGUUUGA